UGCUCGAUCAGUGACUCUGUGCUCGUCCUGUCAGAGUCGUUGAUCUGAGUUUGAUUGCUUUGUCCUGUUUGCCUUGUUUUCAUGAAGAGGCGGCAUACAGAAACAUCUAACAGCUUAUUGCGUGGCUGUAACAUCAAAGGUGUGACCUCCCAGUUUUGCCCUGCAUUGCCAUGGAUGCCUGUGCUCGGGUCAAAGGUGUUCCACUCAAGAACCGCACCAGCAUCAGGAAAGAGACUGUCCGUGAGAGUUCAGCCCUGUCCCUGAGGAGCCUUUUAAAGAACAGGAAAGAGCUGAGCAAUGUUGUGCCAGAGCUGCAUGCUAGAGAGUCACAGUGUCUACAACAAAUCCAGUUCAUAUGCUUACCAAGUUCUACAGGUGGAGAGGAUUUCACACUACAGGCUGUGACCUCUCUCUCUACUGAAAUGUUGGAGUUGCUAAAAUCCCUACAUGUACAUACUCUCAAAGAUGAAGAAGUGCUGCUCAUUAAAGAUUCAAAGCGAUCCUUGGACAGAAAAGACGUAAUCUCCCAGACUAAUUCAUCCAGAGCCUUGUGUGUACUGAGACAUGGCAGCCUGCAACAGAUCAGUGUUUGUACUAUACUGGGGCUACUGAGUCGCUAUGCAGCAGGGAUCAGAUUUGCUCUGGAGGUACAGUCUCUCCAGAGGGGCAUAUCAGAGUCAUGUCAAGCUGAGGAUGAUGACACCAACCAGUCUGUCUCUUCUAUCGAGGAAGAUUUUGUCACUGCUUUUGAACAUCUUGAAGAUGAGGAGACAGUUGUAUAUAACAAGAGGAACCAGAGAGAUGUUGCCUCCCAGACUCUCCCCUCCCAUUUCAAAGAUUUAUCUGGGUCACGCAUCAUCAUUGGUUCGUCCAUCAAAAAGUCGAAAAGUAGGCAGAACUCAAGUUCUGACUGCACAGAAUCAGCACAGAAGUCACCGACGACAUGGUCUAGAGGCGCUGAGAAUGAUUGGAGCCUAUCCACACCAAGUAACCUAUCAAAAACACACGUUGCCUCGACAUCAUUCACAGAAUCUGAUGAUUCAGACUGCUCUAGCCCAAGUCCGAUAAUUUUUUUGGAUGAGGUUGGUUAUCAGAAGAGUCUAAAGGCAAAGCUCGACAUUCCAAAGAUCCCUGUUCUUAAGGAUGGAGUAGAAGAUUCAGACUCAGAAGUUUGUGAGUUUUUUGACAGUUUUGAUCAGUUUGAUGAUCUUGAUCAGUGUUACACUCCGAAUGUGCCAAACGAACAGGUUCUUGUUACCCAGAAAAAGAAGCCAUCUGACAGCUCUGUUAGUAAAUAUGAUUCCAAGGGUGGCUCAAGAACAGUAAUGAACCCUCACAAGUUUGACCACAGGACUCUUCCAGCUAAUAUAAAAAAGCCCACGCCACUUAAACCAGAAUCUCCAUAUAGUAUACACUCCGACGCUCCGGAUUCCCCUCGACCAGUGAGGACAUCCUGUGAGGAGAGUGGGGGUCUCUUCAGCCCAGUUCACUCAUCCGCAUUUAGUCCUCUAGGAGAAGGAGGAGCCUUGGAGUGUUUUUGGAAACUAGAUGGAGAUGUUUCAGAAUUACGCAAACCACAGGACCUUUGUUCACUGUAUAAAACUUACUCUGAUUUUGCAAACAAUCUCUCCACGGAAAUUCUUGGAACUGUUUGUGGGUACUCUGCUCCAGUUGACAUUAACAUUAACAAGAACUUGAGUUGUGUGUGCCAUAAAGAAUUUAAAAACACUAAUGGACAUCUGAUGAAACUGUCAGAUAUUCAGGAGACGGUUACUAUUGCCAAAUCACACUCGCAGUCUUUGAAGGAUGGGAUUCAGAAGUUUGCCACCGAUUUGGUUGAAAUGAGCAUUGGCAGUGCCUUGAGAGAUUUACAAAAAGGAGUGUCGUCCUGCACUACAACACUUUGCCAUUUAGCUGCUAGGCUAACAUCGUCAGUGUUUCAUAUGGCCUUUCAAGAGAUAGGAAUGCGCCAUGCGUAUGUGUUAAAAGAGCGUGCAAUAAACGGAUUGGCUGGUUUCCUCGUUGGGGAAGCAGUCUCUGGAGCUCUAAAAGAGUUUCUGUUUGUGAAAAAGCAGAUUUUUAACAACACUGUCACCAGAUUUGCAGCUGAUCUUGCUGAAGAAUUAGUUUUUGAGGGCAUUAUGGAGGUAUGCCAAUUCUCACAUCCUUCUACGCCUCUUACCCCAAAGGAUUGGUCUUUUGAGCAAGAAGAGGAAGUUGUUUGUUCUUAUGCUUCAGAUCUUUCUGAAUCGGUUCUUCAAGAAGCUUUCAUAGAACUGUCCCAAGCUGAUGUGACCUUCACGACACAGGCAGCCAUUAGUGUGUCACUUGACAAUAUCUGCUAUGUCAGUGCUGAAGAUGCAUCCCAGACCACAAAAAUUUGCAACGCCCAGACAUGUUAUCACAAUUCGCAGUUGCUUGUAGAGGCUGGAAACCAAGAAGAAGAAGAAGAAGAUGGCUGCACUGUUAAGAAAGCUUUGUACUGUGUUUCUGGAAUGGCCAGCUGUGUUCCAGUCCCUGCAGCUGGCAAAGCUAUAUCUUACCUGCAAAGCCCAGAGGAAAUGUGUCAGUAUAAGUCUAGCAUUAGUCACACUUGCCAAAGCAGCCCCAAAAGAAGCAUUUGUUCCCAAGGAGGGGCAGUGACGUCCACCUCAAACACAUCCACUGCAACGUUUUCUGAGUCAGUACAAGGUAUUUCCAACAUCCGUAAUGUCUGUGGUAACACGUCUAAUAAUGGUAAUACGUCUACAAAUGCUGUUGAGAAACCUACAGUGGAAAAAAGUUUUAAGAAGGUUUCUGGCACUAUGGUUGAGACAAUAGUGAGUGAAGCAUUUGAUAUUGUGUCCACAAGCAAAAUGAAGAAAAAAGUGGAUGACUGUGCUGAUUUCUCAAGUAGAAAUAUAGGGAGUCGGAUGUCUACAUGUACUGGUAUAACAAAAUCCCAGAACGUGGCAUGCCAAAGUUCGCCACCUUAUGAUUUCUGCGUGUCCAAAAAAAUCUCGUCCUUAACUCCCAAAGGAGAUUUGACAGAUUCAUUGUCUUAUUACUCUCAGCCUCACUUAACUUUAAAAAGCAUAGAUAAAACAAUCUGCCAGACUGGCUUAAGAAACAAAAGCACACUCGAAAAUCUCUCGCCGGAAGUCCAGUCUGCCGUGAUUAAGGAUACCUUGGAAGUGCCCAGUUUUGAAGGGGGAAUUCGUGGAGGCAGAAAAUGUGUCUCAGAAGAGAUUCUUACUGGCAGCACUGGAACAAAAUCCAGUGGAAGUCCUGGAACUCCUCCCUCAACUCCCCAACAACAAUCAGACAUGUCGAGUGAGAAAAAUUUUAAACAGUUUUCAAAGAAGCUCAAAGGCAAGCUUGCAAAGGAAUUCUCCCCUGCAACACCCCCACCCACCCCACAUUAUGAGCCCACUCCAGGACUUGAAGAGGGCUCUGAUUCAGAGAAAGAGGAAUUCAUGCUGAGACUGAUGAGGUCGCUUUCUGAAGAAGCUAUCAACAAUGAGGACGACGAUGAUGAGCAGGAAGACGGUCUCAACUCUGCGACCCAUAACACAGAGCAAAAUCCCAGUGUGGCAAACAAAACGAUUGAGAGAGGGGCACUGCGUUAUGCUGAACGUUUGGCAUGCCAUAUUGUUUCCAUGGCAACUGAGAUGGACACUUUAAGCAUUGGUGAUGUAAGUAAGUCAGAGAAUAAAGAAGGCAAUGUCAACUUUGCUUUACAUAGUGCUCAAUUCUCAGAACAAACCUUGAAUUUGUUGUGGACAUAUGCUGGGGAAAUUGCUGGGGAAGUAAUCAGUGAUGUAAAGAGGAUGAUGAGUUCCAGCAAUUGCCGUCACAAAACAGUCAAAAGAGGAUCUGUGAAAUCAGAUAAGCAUCAGCGGGGUGAGUGGAAAGACUGUCACUUUGUCAGCAACACGAACCAGUUAUCAAAUGAUCUCAUUGUGGCAGUUCCUAAUCCUCAGCUUAGCACUUCAAGUACUUCAAGAAUCUUAACCCAAUCUGAUUAUCCAAGCUGUGAAAGUGUUACCGAUGAGUACGCAGGAUAUGUCAUCAAAGUACUUAAAAAAGAUGGAGGAAGCCGUGAACUUAUCCUGGAUCAGUAUGCCAGUCAGCUGGCUUAUAAAUCCAUCAAAUCAGGCCUAGCCCAUGCUGCACAGAAAAUAAAGCAGAAAUCCCCUUCAAGAAUGAGCUCAUCUCGAAAUUUACGCCAUGAGGAUAGCGGUGGUGUUUGUAAGAUCCAACCUUCUGAAUCCACUCCUGCCAUUCUUACCCAAGGACAAGAAGGGUCCUCUAGCGGAUCCAUGCUGUGUGUUUGUCAGGAUGCUGAAAACAUUGGUAGGAAGGAAUACAUGGAACUUGUGAACUUUGCGGAGUCGUUGGCCUACAACAUUACAUGUGACGUCACAAGAAAGCUACGAAUGUCCUCGAUUCGGCUUCCAAAAUCCCUUACAGACUCGUGUCUCUACAGGAAGUCAAAUGUUGAAGACAUGGCAGAAAAUUUAAUCAAAACUGCAUUUUCAUGUUCAGUGCUACCAUACAGCGGGAAAAGCAGGCAAUACCAUAGCACUAGCAGCUUAGAUGAUGGAAAUUACAGUAAUGGUGUUAUGCAAGUCAUUGAGCAUUAUGCAAGGAAGAUUGUUGAUGACACUUUAGAGAUGACUCUGGGGCCUACAGCUCUUCAGACAACAGAAGAGAGGAGGUCUUUAGAACGCAGUUCUUUCACAGAGAAGCUGAAUGAGGCGUACAAGAUUUGCCGAUACUGUCAAGCCAGAGAUUGCUCAUUUUGUAAAAAUUGUCACCUUAAGUACCAUGGAAUGCAGAAGAGAACACAGCAGGACUCGGACACAACGGUUGGACUUGAAAUUCCCAAAAUCCACAUAGAUUUGGACAAGAGAACCGUUUUUGCUGAAGAAAUGGUAUCUGCAGCGCUUGAGAAAGCUAAGAAGGAACAUAGCAGCACCAGCUUAAAUGCAGACAGUGGGAUUGGUCAUGAUGGCGCAAGCUUUGCAGAAAGCCUUACCACAGAGAUCAUGACGUCUGCAUUGUCCAAUGUCUGCCAAACCAUCAACCUCAGUGCUCCUGGAAGUGAAAGUGUCAAUGUGACAGAGUCGACCGUCAGCCAGCAGCUGAAUCUAAGCGUGGGAGAUGACAGUCUUGGCAGCUGGUCUAACUUGAGCUUUGAAGAAGACCAUCCCGAUGAAAGCAGUAGCUUCCAUCACCUAAGUGACAGCAGUAAUGGGAACAGCAGUAGCUGGAGCAGUCUGGGGUUAGAGGGCGAGGUUUAUGAAGAGCAUUUGUCCUUCUCCCCAUCAGACAGUGACUGUACAGACGAGAAAGCAACUGAGGCCAAGAACUUCAUGGGUGGGGUGGUGCGAGUGGAGAGGGGCCACAAUGAAGGAGACAGAGCUUUGCUGGUGGUCAGUACAGAUGUGUGGGGUCAGGGCCCAGAUCCUCAACUGAGAACGGUGCUGCAGUGGAUGGCCGCCUCAAUUGCCGAGCUGCCAGUCCUGCAGCUCAGCCAGCAAUCUGAAAGGGCUGUGCAACAGUUUCUGCAUGUGGUUCAGAGGCUGAGAGCACGAGAGUGGAGAGUUGGCGAGCUCCUUCAGGCUCUGCUUAGAUACUAUGAGGAGUGUCCAUCAGGAGAGGAACCAGGUGCUGGAGAUACAAGACAUGAGCGCAGGUCCCUUUUCCACUGGCUUCUUGAACACCCAUAGACCAUAACCACCCAACUGCAAACACUUGUGACUGGCUCGCCUGUAGUAAGAGCUAAAAUCAAUGUAUCGAGGUGAAGAGCUCAAUCAUCUUCAUGUUUAUGUGCAACAUAGCUUUUAGAGGUCUAGCCAGUGGGAUGUAUUUAGUAGGCAUGUGUUUGAGUGCAUUGCAUGUUCUGACAAAGUAUUUUUGUUCACCACCUUUUGUUUUGGUUUUAAUUUGUUUAUUGGAUUGCAUAUCGCACACUUAGUAUGUUAUCAUUUGCACUUUUCUCCGUGUUUUGCUUUCAUGCUCUAAGCCAGUGUUUCCACAACAAACAGAAGGCUCGGUGACAGCAUUGCCUUCACAGAGGGAAUCCCUGAAUGAGUGAAGAAUAUUUUAUAAAGAUCUUCUCCUUAGGGGAAUAUACAUGAACAAGGGACCAGCCAGCAAAACCACUACACCUCCAUGUACCUAGUCACUGCAGCAUUUUGUAACUGGACAUACAAAUGAAUGAGAAAAGUAGUAGACAAAAAAGGUAGGUCAGUUGUUCAUUAAUUGUUCACAGGAGCACAUGUAGCUACCCAAGUUAUCAAAAUGUCAUUGCAGGUAAUUAUUCUGACACUUUAAAAACAGCUGCAGUCGAAUGUAUUUUGAUAAUAUUACCCUUUCAGUGCAAGAAGAAGAAGAGAAGACGUGCAAAACCUUUUUUUUAUGUUUUUUUCAAUGAGUCAUCCCAGGAUGGCACUGAAUUUAGUAUAUAUAAUAAAAGAAAUAAGGCUCUUAUGAAUAAGUAUUUAUGACACCACAGCGAUAUGAAUAUAUAAAUCAAAUAUAUUUUUUAUAUGACUAAAAAUAGUCUGAUGGCAUGGUGCACUAGGUUUACUAAACUGUAUAAAAUAAACUGUUGCCAAAAAAUUAAGGAGCAUAAAUUCAUAUUUUUUUAACAGCAAAUUUAAGUUAAGUAAAAUGCUUAACAUUUUUAAAAAGUCAGUAUAUGAAAAGCUGCUAAACAAGCAAAGAAACUCUGUAGUAUGAAGAAGCAGGUAAGGCAAAUUUUCUAAAUGAAUCUCCGAACCAGUGAUUUGUGUUAAUAGUUUUCUUUAUGUACUGUAAUAGUGAAACACUAUGUACAGUUUGUAUUUAAUGUGGGCACGUGGAUCACAUCUUUAGCUUGACAGAGAUAGUUAUUAGGGUUGUAAAACUGUUUUCCCCCCUUUAAUCUGUUUUUGUACAGGAUUUUAUGUUAACAUAUUAAUUUAACUAAUUCUUAUUUCCAGAGUCUCGAAAACAGUAGAUUGGAUAUCCUAGACGUUUUUGUCAGGUCAUUUUGGUUUAAACUGUAAUAUUGAGGGAAAAUCCAUUUUUUCGUGUUGUUGUUUUUUUGUUUUUUCCCCUUCUUUACCUUGACUUUGAUAUAGAUGUUUCAUUGAGUUGUGCUCAUAGCAUUUUGUGGUUGCUUAGAUUCCUCAGAAUACCACUCUAAUUUGAACCACGAAUGAACCACAGCUGCCAGUGCCUGCAUAACUCGGUCACUAAUCACACACUCCUUACGUCUCCUGUAGAUGUUUUACACUCCGGCAGGAAAUCAACAACCACAGUCUUUCCCACACUAUCCCAUUCCCUUCACUUUACUGUGCACUCCCCAUAAAGCUAGCACUUUAGCCUGGAAUGACCGUGUAGGUCUUUCCCAACUUACUUCAGUAUCUCCAAACAGUAUAUUUCCCACACUAUGUUUAAUUAAAACCACCAAAAGAUGAUGUAGUUUAGUACUGAUAAUAUUUCUGCCCUGUGGUUAAGUAAGUUUAAACUAAUUGCACAUCACAUUAAAGAAUUAUUAUUUUGUUUACUAUUUAGCUCAGAACAUCUACGGCACUACGGCUCUGUUGGUGCCUCAUAGCUCUGGAAUCUACAAUAAAAUGAUACCCACAAUGUAAAACAUGAUUGGUUCACUUCCUGAAGCCGGAUUGAUUUUAUGUUGAAUUGCUUUCGAGCCAUGCUAGUUUUCACUUGGAACCAGGCCUCGUACAGAAUUCCUCAAACCAGUAGUAUUGGUUUGCAGCAGAAUGCAACCUGCACAAACAAAACAAGGAGGAAAUAAAUACAGGGGUUUGAUUCAAAUAGACCAACACUGCAUAUGUGAAAGCACCCUAAGAUAUGUUCAGGUUAACCUGACUUUUUACCAUAUAUGUUAACUCAUUUAAUGUAUUAUUUAAAAUGAUGCAAUUCGAUAUUCUCGUACAGUACGGUUUCUAAAGCUAUGUAUGUUGGAACAGGCAGUAUAGAGAGGCAGAUCUGGGUAGGUGAGCGUAUUGUUUCAUAUGAACACUCAUGCAUGCUAUUUCUAUCCCUUUCUUCGUAACUGUAUUACUAUUAAUCCGGUGUGGAUGUUCAGUUUGUGGUUUCGAAUCAUCAGUGAUUAUUUCUCAUGAGCAUGAUCCAAAAUCAUACAGCACUGUGGCUGCUCGUGCUAUCUGUGUGUAAAAUUUUACAGUGAAAAAGUUCUCUCUUUAUGGUGUCAUAAUGUGAAGGAAAAGACAGAUAUAUAUAUAUAGACAGACGUGUAGAUAGAUAAAUAGAUAUAUCACUUUAUUUAGCCCAGAAGGAAAUUCAGGGAAAAGAAUAGGAGGCUAUGUUGUUUACAUGAUUUAUGAAUUGCCAUUAAAAAACGUUUGGAGGUGGCUGUUGUAGUCAGUGUCUACAUCUUAAUGUGGAAAAGGACAAUUUGUUUUUUGAGCUGACCACCCUUAAAAAAAAAACUCCAUUGAUUUAUUAAUUCAGUUGAAGGUGUACAGUAUUUGCAGUAUACACUUUUGCCUCUUUCACAGUGGGAUUGUACUGUGUAUUCUAUCGCUGUAAGUGUAAACAGAUAUAAAUGUGCUGGCUUUUUGUGUACUGACUUUAUUUUAUGUACAUUCCUAUAUUUCAUGUAUGAUCUCUUGCUAUUUGUGUUAUUUAAAGCUGUGUGUGUACUGCAGAUUCAACAUUCUAGUUUUAAGGUAAAUAUUUUGUUACAUGUGCAGUGUCAUGCUCAUCUCAGUGAAGUAGACAAACAAUCUUACACUGACUCUUCUCUAUUUUUCCUGCUUAUUUGUAUGAUCUUGGAAAAAAAAGUAAGAUAUUUAAUAAUUUAUGUCAGUAUAUAACUUAUAAUUGUGAUUACACUAGUGAAGUUGCUAAAUAGUUUACAUAUUAAAAGGCCUAAAUUAAGAGCACUACACCUGUUACAGCUGUGGCUAUGAAUAAAAGCUUUUUCAUGUGA